ACAAAUAAUUCAAUAUGACAAAUUCAUGAUUUCCCGUGGAUUGUGAGCUUCACACCCUUGUAUUGCCCGCACGGCAAUAUGUCAUCCCAAAUUUCUAAGCAGCCCACAAAUUGCCCGAAAAAUACCCGAUUCCGACAAAUAUUAUCAUUCAAGUUCACAAGCAUCACCACGAAACAAUAAAAACUUGUAUAGCAUUUAUCCAUCAGAUCCAAAAAUGUCAGACAACAAAUUUGGCCUCUUUAACAUCCACACCACUCCUUACAAAACCAUUCAUGGCGUUGACAUUCCCGCACACAUCUUAAUUCCCAAAUCCACCGCCUCAAAUGCCCAACCCGGAACCAGAAAAUACCCCGUCCUCGUCCGCUUCCACGGAGGCUAUCUAGUCUCCGGGUCCGCACUCUACACCGAAUGGCUUCCAGCCUGGUCGAUCGACUUUGCCCUCCAAAACUCCGCAAUACUAAUCAUGCCCGAUUAUAGACUUUUGCCUGAAGCAACGGGUCAGGAUAUCCUAGAAGAUGUUAAGGAUUUCUGGGCGUGGUUUGCGGGUUCCGGGAGCACUGGUUUGCUGGCUUUUCUUAAGUCGCUUGAAGCGGGUGUAGAUGUGGAUUUUGAAAAAGUGGCGGUUUUUGGGGAGAGUGCUGGGGGUUAUUUGGCGAUUAGGAGUUCGCUCCUACCACGAAAUAGUUGGGGUGAUGCUUUUAAAGGAUGUAAAGCGGUUAUUGCUGCGUAUCCGAUGACGUUGCUUAGGAAGGAUUGGUAUUCCGUUGCUAGUGUGACUAAAACUCCGUUUGGGGCGCCGCAGUUGGAUGAGGGGAUUUUGGACGCGCAUAUUGAGGGGUUUGAGAAGGGGAUGGUUUAAAGUGGUGAUUGGUGCGGAGCCGCCGGCGAGAUGGAUGUUGCGAUGGUGAUGGUGCAGAGGGAGGUGGA